GCGCCCGCGGCCCGUGGUGGUUCUGCUGGGCUGGGGCGGCUGCAGAGACCAGCACCUGGCGAAGUACAGCAGCGUCUACCGCCAGAGGGGGCCCCGCGGGCUGGAUAAAAUGGCCUGGCGGUUUGCAUCCGGCCCGCGGGCCGCAUUGUGCCCACCCCUGCCCUAGGCGCUCUGCAUCCUCCCGUAGCACGGCGGUAGAUUCGCUGCACGUUGUCUUUGAGGCCCAGGUAGGAGGCAGAAAGUGCUGCUUAAAAGGACCUGCUCCCCCAUCCAAACCUCGGAAAUAAUCGAAGAUUGUGAAACUUGCACGACUUCAUCCUCCGUGUGUCUGCACUCCUGACGGGGCAGUGGGGGUGAAAACACAGUCUCCCCGCCCCAGCAGGGCUAAUGCAAGAGCUGAAGAAGGAGUUCAUUCCCCCGUGGUUCAUUCAGCUUUUGCCUUUUGUGCCAAGACUAAUGAGCAUCCUCAUUAGGGGAGUUAAUAUGGCUUGAGGGACAUCCACGAGGGAUUGGUGUGAUACUCCCAAAUUCAUUUUCCCCUUUGGGGAACAGCUCCCAGAUGGCAGCCGUGCGUUGUCACUCCCCACCUGGACAGGGUUUGCUGCGGUGACACAGAGGAGAAAGGUCGUGACUCUGUCUGUCCCGCUGCCAAUCCCUUAAAUCAUCCGUUCCCCUUUGGAAAGCCCUUGUUUUGUUGGCCGAGGGCAUGACUGAGGGUGAUGGCAUUAGGACCUAGAGAAACAAAUCCAUUAUUCUUCUCGGUAGCGAGAAUGGACUUUGUUCUGAAUCCAAAAAUGUUUCCAAUAUAAAUGCCAAAGUUCAUUAAGAAGUAUUACCCAGCCUCCCUGCUGUUAAUGUUUAACCCAGCUGGUACAGAAGGACUUGAUCAGGGGGAUCAUGGUUGGUAACACCUGCACGUUAUUAGCUGGAGGUGGGGUUUGGGUUUAGGUGGGAAUCGCCCCUGGAAACAGCAGCGGCAGUGAUUUUGGUAGGUUGUUGCAAGGUUCGUAUGCUGUCGGGCUCAACGUGUCACCAGGCAGGGACUGGAAGACAUUCUCCUCUCACACGCAUGUAGCCUUGUGAGCGUGUCAGAUGUGCCAAAGGGCUGCACAGUGAUCCGCUACACAGCUCCCUGGAGAAUGGUGUUUUUCUCAGAGUCCUGCAGCAUCCGAUCCCUCCGGACCCCCGCGCAGCAGCUCCUGCAGCUGCUCUUUGACCACCGGCUGGAGAAGAACCCGCUGCUGUUUCACGUCUUCAGCAACGGCGGCGUCAUGCUGUACCGCUACGUCGUGGAGCUGCUCCAUACGCACAGGCAGUUCAAGUACCUCCGGGUGAUGGGCACCGUCUUUGACAGCGGCCCCGGCAGGCGGAACGUGCUGGGCAGCCUCCGCGCCUUGGCGGCGGUAUUGUCUUCAACGAACGCGCUGCUCCGCUCCUCCCUCCUGCUUGUGUUUGCUGCCCUGGUCGUGAUUCUGCGGAUCGUGCUGUAUCCUCUGACCCGCUUUCUUCAUGAGAACCAUUACGACGCCCUGCUGAAAGGCCCCUCGAGGUGGCCUGAGCUCUAUCUCUACUCCAAGGCCGACAAAAUCAUCAAGGCCAGCGACGUCGAGCGCAUGGCUGAGGCACGGCGGCAGCACGGCGUCCCGGUGAAGGUGGUCGACUUCUUGGACUCCGCUCACGUCAGCCACCUUCGGGCCCACCCCUCCUAUUACACCAGCCUGUGUGGCUCCUUCCUGGCUGACUGCACUGGGGGCUCAUAGCUGCUCUGAGACGUAGUCCAGCACGUGCUGCCUGAGACAGGGACCAGACUGCUGUCUCGCCAUGCCCCUCUCUCCCUUCAACACAUCUCUGCUGUCAGUAAAGUCCUGAGCUGCCCAGAAGGUGAUGGCAAAGCACUCCUGCUUCCUCUGCAGGCCUUGCCGUUGCUAAACGCAGGUCUUCGGGCCAGUCGGAGGGACAGGUCAGACAAGGAGACGUGAGACUGGUGUAACGUGCAUGGCAGGGGUUGCAAUUCUGACCCUGUUGAGGUCACUGGGAUUUUGAAGGAGGCCAAGGUUUCACAAUGAGGGGGUUGGGGGAGAAGCAAACUGCCACACUGGGGAGUGCCGCAUAACCCUUCUUGCCCCUUUGGUAGCUGCUUUCCCGGCUGUCUCCCCCGUUCUGACCCCACCACCGUCUCUGCCCACUGCACCACUUCCAUUGCAGACAUCCCGCGUGGUGUCUACCAGAACCGGGAUCUUCAGUCUCCCUUCCUAUCCUGCUGCUCCUGCCACCUUGCAGCAGUUAGUGGGAGCUCUGCAGGGUGGCAUGGUUCUUCCUCUCGCCAGCUGUCUUGCCCUAACCCCAGGGCAUUGCAGGGUUUGAGACCAGGCCCCCAGACCAAACACGGGGUCUCAGGAAGGGUGGUGUGUGGAAGCACGACCGAGUUGUCAGCCUGGCUCCAUCUCGCUGGGCCUGGAGAGCAUGGCAGCAGGGCUGAGCUCCUCUUCGGGCUCCAGCCUUGUCAGCUGUAUGACUUUAAAGCUUUUGGCGGAAGAGUAAAAAGAAAUAAGAUGUGAA